AUAACAUCGACUUUGUGUCAUCACUAACUUGUCAAUAUUAACGAAUUUUAUAAAUUGAAAAGAAUAUUAAUAUUUAUUUCGCUAAAAAAAAAAACUAUGUCACAACCACCUAUUGCUGUAUCUCCAUUGAUAAAAUUUGGACGUUGGUCCAUGCUAAGUCUGGGCAUAAUUUACGGUGUCUACAAUCAAAAACGCUUAUCGCAAAAGGAAGCAAAAUUUCGUGAAGCUGAGGCUAAACAGAAAGCUAUACGUGAUGCAACAUUAGCUGAGGAAAAGAAGCGAUUGGCUGAAGCCGAAAUGCAUGCUAUUGACAUACUAUCGGGAAAAUAUUAAA